UUAUAUGAGCCCAGCCCCAGACGUGUUUAUCUGCUGGGGAAGAACACACAGACACUGAUCAUCAUGAGCAUCUCCCUGACUAAUCAGAGCAGUGGAUACAGCCAGCAGUGAGGAAGAGAGACAGCAGCCAAUCAUCAUGCGGGUUACAUCAUGCAUCCCUCGGACCCUGCACAGCUGGAAGAUGUGUCUGUGUGCGCUCUAUCAGCCUGUCUCCUGGCUGUCAGGUGACCUGCUGCUGCUGUCUCCAGCAUGGCUGGCACUGGGUGAUGCUGCUGCUGCUGCUGCUGUGAAUGGGCUGUAGCUGGAGAAGGAAGGGAUUGUGUGCUCCUGUGUACCUGUCACUGCCUGGAGCUGACAGCCGCCAUGAGUAGUGAACUUAAUAUCCCGGUGGAUCCCUCCACACCUGCAAUGUCAGAGCGGGGCAACAAAGGUAUGGACUACAGAGACUGGGUCCGGCGCAGCUACUUGGAGUUGGUCACCUCCAACCACCACUCUGUCCAAGCCCUAUCUUGGAGGAAGUUGUAUCUCAGCAGGGCCAAGUUGAAAGCAUCCAGCAGGACCUCUGCUUUGCUUUCUGGAUUUGCAAUGGUAGCAAUGGUCGAGGUUCAGCUGGAGAUGAAAUAUGAAUACCCACAGGCACUACUCAUUGCUUUCAGUGCUUGCACCACAAUACUGGUGGCUGUUCACUUAUUUGCACUUCUGAUCAGCACAUGUAUCCUGCCCAACGUCGAGGCUGUGAGUAAUAUCCAUAACCUGAACUCUGUCAAUGAAUCGCCCCAUGACCGCAUGCAUCCUUAUAUCGAGCUAGCUUGGGGCUUCUCUACAGCUCUUGGAAUCCUCCUGUUUCUUGCCGAGGUGGUACUUCUGUGCUGGAUAAAAUUCCUACCUAUAGACUCUCCUCAAGUCCGCAAUGAAACAGCCAACCUGCAGAAACCAAUUUCAAAUGCUGGCUGGAACUCUGCACUCAUUUCCACCAUCAUCAUGGUACCCGUGGGGAUUAUCUUUGUCAUAUUCACAAUUCACUUCUAUCGUACACUUGUGAGGCACAAAACGGAACGCCACCACCGGGAAAUCGAGGAACUCCACAAGUUAAAAAUACAGCUUGAUGGACAUGACCGGGGCAUAAAUGUGGUGUGACUCGGAAUGUUUCGCAUUGAUGGACAUCAGUCAUUCAGAGUUGCUGAGCAGUUGUAAGAGAACAGGCAGAAUUUUGAGUCAGGUGGUUCAAAGGCCUAUAGACUGAAUAUAUCCUUGUUCUAUGCUGCAGCUUAUUUCUACAUACUGACAACCGGAUGAAAAGGAGUUCUAGUCUGAAAGGGAAAACGUUAAAGUCGUUUAUAAAUGAAAGAUAAAGUGCUUGGGAAAGAUCUGAAGGCUCAUACUGCUGUGCCAUGAUGCCCUGCAUUAAAAUAAGUCAUGAGUGUCAUCAUUGCUAAAACCAUGACAGUCACUGUGUUUAGUGCAUGUCAGGCAGUAAAUUAAGUGAGGUGUGAUACACACUGCAGACUUCAAAAAUCUAGUAACUGCACCUGUUGUUCUAAUGUGCAAUUAUUCCAGUUAUGCAAUAUGAUCACUUAUUGACACUCACAAUAUUUACUUAUUAUAAAUUAAUUAAACAUCUGAAAAACUAUAUGUAAACAACAGAAGUCUAUGAUGGAGAUUUAUCAAAGCUUCUAACCAAUCAGCUUCUAACUAUUACUUUACAGGCUGUGUUUGAAAAAUGAGUAGAGCUGAUUGGUUGGUACUUUAUCUCUCUCCACUUUAUCCCUCUUCAAGCUUUGAUAAAUCUCCCCCUAUAUGUAUAAACAUAUGGCAUUAAAUAAUAUAUAAUUUUUAUAUUUGCAUUACAUAAUUGGCAAUUUUUAUGCAUGCUUCGUUUAGCAAGUUAUUCCCCAAAUGUUUAUUUCAAACUUCUAGAAAUGAGGUUAAUGAAGAAACUCCUAUAGGUUUGCCUUUGCUAUUAACAUGGUGCCUUUUAUUAUAGUAGUGAAUAGAUUGCACUUUUAAAUGAUUACUUUUAUAUAUUAAGUUUGUUUUAAUAUAAAUAUAUAUAUAUAUAUAUAUAUAUAUAUAUAUAAAAAUUCUUUUUUUUUUCCUCCCGCUACAUAUAAUUGCACCCUGUGGCUUUUAGUUGAUGUACACACACUUCUUUUAGGUUUGCUGUUGAUAAAAACUUUUCUGGAAAAUGUAAAGGCAGCCUGUGUAUCUUACUCCAUUUAAUAUUUGAAGUCCGUAUUUUCAUACUGUACAUUUUAUAUUUUACCUUGUUCAUGUUUUUAUUACUGCUGUUUAAAUAAUGCAUUCUACAGAGUCUAUACACCUACUUUGUUUCAGCUGCUCACGUGCAAUACUUUGCCGAUUCUUGCGACCAAAGACUAUGGUUCUCCUAAAACACUGGAAGUGAUAUUACAGAAAGUACUUGCUUUCACUUUCUAGAGUAGGUUUCAUAUUAUAGAUUGACUCCAUAAUAACUAUAUCCUACAGUAUAAAUUCUCUUAAUUUCAAUAAAGGGGAAGAUCGCUUUUUAAAAUACCUCCAUUUCUAACCCAUCUCCUAUGUACGAAUACAUUGAGACUCUAACCUAUCUUUCUCUAUGGGGUAGAGAUGGACAGACAAUAUAGAAGUGUGUUGAUAGUUUGGAUAUACGUACAGAUGAACACAAUUCCAUUGAUGCUUCUGGUAUAAAAGUGAAUCAUUUACUGUAUUAUGAGUAGCAUAUUUAGGUGUGGUUAUAGAGGCCUUACAAUUAGUUUUUCACUGCUGCUGUCUGCCUGUGUCAUCAGGUGUCCAUACAGUAGAAUAGCCUCCCAUCAGAGGUGGUAGAGACGAAGACAGUGUAGCAAUUUAAACAUGCUUAGGAUAGACAUAAAGAUAUCCUUACAAAGGGAUUGGGAAUGAAAUGCCGUCGGUCGGGGUGCCAGCAGUCAGAAUAGAAACCGCAGCAUCUUGAUGAUCCAAAUCCCGACAAGAGAAGUUAAGUAUACUUACCUUUGCCCAGUGGCCCCCUAACCCUCCCUUCUAGCAGCCUAAACCUACCCUUUCCCCCCCAGACUAACCCUAACCCUCCUGGUGGUGCCUAAACCUAAAACUCCCUCCCUGCAGCCUACACCUAACCUCCCCCCUACAGAUCCGUUACAAAAAACUAAGGAUCAAAUAGGGUUGAGGGUACCAAAAGGUAAAAAAGGGCAGACUACAUGAGCCAAGUGUUUCUUAUCUGCCAAUUCUGUGUUUCUAUGUAACGUUUACUAAAUAGACUGGUACUAUCCCCACACAUAACACAUAGCGCCGAAAAUAAAGCAGUUCGAGAUGGCCGGAGGUCCGAGAUUCUCCCCAAACUCGUACGUUUUUUUAAAGUGUCAAUCAUUUACAAAGCAAAACAAACCUGGUUUUGUCUGGUAAAUGUUUGCUGCUUUAAAAGAAACGUACAAGUUUGUCCAGAAUCUCGGCGCUCCGGCCAUCUCGCACUGUAUUACAUCCGGCCCAUCAUGUGCGCACACUUAAGAGUAAUCCACUCAUAAUGAUUUAAAAGGAAUGGCCAACCUGCAAGCAACAUCUAGAACAAUAAUGGGGAACCUUUGGCACUCCAGCUGUUAUUGAACUACACAUCGCAGCAUGCCCUGCUACAGUUGUAGCAUGGCCAAAUAGCAAAACUGUAGCAGGGCAUGCUGGGUUGUGUAGUUCAGAAACAGCUGGAGUGCCGAAGGUUCCCCAUCACUGAUCUAGAACAAAGUGGGCCCAUGUCCCCAGAGGGGGGAUUUAAUUUCCCAUGGAAAAAGGACAGUUGUUGUCUUUUGCCAGAAAAUGUUGUAAAGAAAAAGUAGAUUUUGAGAGCAAUUUAAAGUAACAAUAAAAAUCAUAUAGUGAAUGUAGAUGGAAUGAUACAAGGUAAAUAAUGGCAUUUACCAAUCUGUAGGGUGUUUUAAUUCCUUUUAUUUAUUUUAACAUAUGUGUGUGUUGUACUAUUGUUACAACUGAACUACCCCAAAUGAUAAAUAAUAUUUCUGUGGAACAAAUUCUGUUACACUGUAUGUUAAACUGUACAUACAUGUUUACUCCCGUUACCAAGAGGAAAGGCGCAGACUACUUUUAUAUUGCAACUUGUGAAUAACAUGUAGUACUGAAUGCAGCAUGCAUUUUGUGGAUCUGAUAACUUAAACUGCCUUAUGAGUUUAUCAAUUACGUUACAUUGUAUAUAUUCAUUGGUCUUAGAUGUUUAAUGUGUUGUUAUCCCUCUUUGUGAAUUUUCAAAAUGAAUGAAUUUCUCUUUGACAAAUUAUACUUUUUUUUUAGAUAUAUAGGGGAGGAGCUAAUGUAAUAAUGGCAUAAUAUGUAAUUUCAUAUACAGUCUUAUGUUUGUUGCAUUUUUCCUGUGUUUUUUUAUUUUUUUAACUAAAACACUGAAGAAAUGAAAUAACAGUUUAAACCUACUUAUUUGUGGUUGAUAUACGUUAUCGGACAAACUGACCUGGCACUACUUACACUUAGGAAGGUGGUUUAAUCAGGGCUCGGACAUUGGGCUCCAUAGUAAGAUGUUUCUGGGAGGGAGGAGUGAUGCAUACUCUUUAAUAAGCAGGGCCAGGUGCAUCAGAAUGUCACCCCAAUUUAGCUUUCAGUCCCUUCAUGGAGCUCCGCUGCACAUGCCCCAACCCCGGGAGCAGAGUGGGCACCAUAGCACCUGUAAUUUGCUACUAUGGUGGUAGUUGGUGUCCCUGGGUGUCAUACCUGCAUUGUGGAAACACUGGGGUAAAUUUACUAAAGCUUCUAAAACAGAGAAUUGGUGAUG